CCAGCACUCCAAACUUUUGCUCUAAUAUUAUCAAAGAGGAGGCACUUAAUAUCCGAAGUUGAUAUAGAACUGAAGCCAUUGAUUGCAACUUGGGCUUCUAAGGUCAAUGGAUGAUCUCUCCACUUCUAAAGCAGCCAUGUGCCUUUUUUCCACUGUUAGGGAAAAAGCACUUGCAGUAGCUUCCCAUGGCCAAAUCUUGAAUAUUGCAAAAGGAAAUGGGCCGGGUGGGCUCAAUGAUGAGAUGGAUCCAGGUAAGAGUAGUAACGGGCCAAUAUUGGGUGGGAAAAAUCAAGAAGUGCAAAGCCCAUAUCAGAUAAGUAAAGAAACCAAAGAAAAAUUAAAAGAGGGCAAGCACGUGAGGCCAGGAGCAAUAGAAUCAGACCUGUUCUGGGAAGACAUGGACAGCGACGCAGGGGACUUACCGGAGUGGGCAAAAGUUCUUGAAGGGAAGAAGAGCAAAAAGAAAAAAAGGAAAGUGAAGCUGUGCCGUUCAAUGUAUAUGAAAUCUGGCGGGCUUGAAGGUGUUCUGGUGCAGAAGAAGAAGAAGAAGAAGGGAACUCAAUCGGUGACAGAGAAAAUGACGCAGCAAAUCAUAUUCCAGGCUGAUCCAGCGGACUCAGUUGCAGGUGACUCCAUAAAUGACAGUAAUAUACAAAACUGCAACAAGGGGAUUAGAGUGAAGAGCAAAAUUAAAGACUCUGAAGCUUUAUGGAGCUAUAUCAAGGAGUUGGGAGUUGCAAUGAAAGGGGAUGAGCUACCGGUAAUCCGAAGGCUUGAAGAAAUGGAGCAUCGAGACAAGGAAAGAAGAAGGAAAGAUAUGGCAACACCGACAACAAGAAAUCAGAGGGAAAUUCGUGAGCUGGUGAAUAAACAUAGACCGGAGGUUUUAUUCUUGCAAGAAACAAAAGUAGAAAAUGUUGAUAAAAGUUAUUGUAAAAGGUUAUGGGAUUCAGAUGACAUGGAUUGGGUAGCAAAAUCAUCCUUGGGUGCCUCGGGUGGUUUAAUUAUCAUAUGGAACAGGGCAGUGCUAAAGAAAGUAAGUGUUUUUGAAGGGGAGGGAUACAUCGGGAUCCAGGGGUUAUGGGGUGCUGAUGCCUUACCAUGCUUUAUGUGUAAUGUGUAUUCCCCAUGCGAUCUUGAGAGGAAGAGGAGUGUAUGGAGAGAACUUGAACAGAUGUUUAGGAAGAACAGGGGGUGUUGGUGUCUUGGUGGGGAUUUUAAUGCUAUUAGAAGUUUGCAAGAAAGAAAGGGGGGUAAGAGCGCCAGGAGAGAAGUAAAGGAGUUUGAACAAUUUAUAGUGAAUAACAGCCUGACAGAUUUACCAUUGCUAGGAAGGAAGUACACAUGGUACCAGCCAAAUGGACAAUGUAUGAGUCGUUUGGAUAGGUUCUUGUUCAAUGAUGAUUGGAUGACAAAAUGGCCUGAUUUAAAGCAAUGGGGACUUGCUAGAUCUCUGUCGGAUCAUUGCCUGAUACUGGUAAAAAAUGAGACACGGAAUUGGGGGCCAAAACCAUUCAAGUUCUUCAAUGCCUGGCUACAUACUCCUGGAUUUAGAGACAUGGUUGCAGCAAAAUGGAAAGAAUUUAAAGUUCAAGGAUGGGGAGGUUUCAUUGUUAAGGAGAAAUUAAAGUUGAUGAAGGACUUUCUUAGGGAAUGAUUGAUAGAGGGUGAGAAUGGUUUGUGGGCUAGGGUGUUAAAAGAAAAAUAUGGCGGUGAGACAAGGAAUUGGGUAUCAAGGCUGAGGGAGGGCGAGGGUGUAGGUUCAUCUUGGUGGAAUGAUAUUUGCAAGUUAAAUGCAACUCCACGUAGUAGGGAAGAGUGGUUAGCUUCAAACUUUAAAUUGAACUUGGGUGACGGAAGAAAGGUUAGGUUCUGGAAGGACGAAUGGGUAGGUGGGGUUACACUUGCUAACAUUUUUCUUAUAUUGUUUAUGUUGGCUACAGAUAAAGAUGGCAGUAUUCGUGAUAUGGGUCUAUGGACAAAUGGGGGCUGGUUUUGGAAUUUUCAAUGGAGAAGACCUUUGCGCGCAUGGGAAGAUGACAAAAUGCAACAAAUGCUCGAGGCCAUAAAACACAUAAUGCCAUCACAAGAGGCGGAGGACACUUGGAGCUGGAGGAUGGAUAAGAAAGGAAAAUAUGCCACAAGAUCAGCCUAUGAAGAGCUUGCAAGUAAAGAAGAAAACAAUUUGAUGGAACACAAAAAGCUGUGGGGUGCAAAGGUCCUAUCAAAAGUGAGUGCUUUCUCUUGGCAACUGCUACUUGAUAGAAUCCCUACCAAGGAAAUAGAGGUUUAUGCUAGUGUUGGGUUCCUUGCAAUUUAGUUUCUUUAGUUGUAUAUUUUUGGAUACACAUGUUGAUGUUUUAUGGGUUUGAGUACCCCUUGUACUCAGUUAAUAUUAUGAUAUUUCUUUUGCUUUUCAAAAAAAAAAUCAGCCAUAGAAUGAAGUAUUAAAAGCAUG